AUGGAGAACAGCACAUCAAAAGUAUCAGAAGUUGACUUUGGAUACAAUCAUGUGAAUGAUGGAACGCGUGUUGUAUAUCCAGGCGUUGAGGACUCAACAAGUACGAAGUAUACCAAUGGAGAUUUCAUAAAUCAUCGAUCGACAGUUACGCUCGUUGUCAAAGGAAGUGGAUCAAAUAAUAAUACUUUAUUUUUGUGCUGGAUACUCAUUCUUGUGCUUCUAUUCUCGAUUAUUGUUUCGAUCGUUAUUAUCCUUUGUGUAUGCGUUAAAGCUAAAAGCACUCGACGAAAACAAGAAAGUAGAAUUGCGACACAUAUCAACGGCUUUGCAUCGCCAGUUCAUUAUCCUAAUCAUUCACGUCAUUCAAUCGAAAUGUUACCAAAAUAUGUCCCAUCACCAGCUCAAAGCUAUUCGACACAAAAGCUUUAUCAGUGGUGUCAACAGCGUGAAUUACAACAACAAUAUAAAUCGUUAUGGACUGUCAAUCCACAAAAUGACACAGAGCAAAUACAUACAGUGGAACCAAGCGAGAAUCCAAAUGCCUAUAAAACAAGAUCUCUACCGUCAAAAAAUAAGCAACGUCCGGUGAGUUCGAUUGAAGACUUGGAUGAGCUUUACAGCAAAGUUAACUUUAGUAAAAAAUUAAGAAAUCGUAUGACCAACAAUGAGGCGAAAAUCAUAGCUUUUUGUCGAUCUCGUUCUCAAAAUUUAUCUCAAUAUUCAGGCAGUAAUGGUGGAGUCGCAAAGGAAGAAGCGUUUGUAGUUUAUGAUGAAAGAACUGCAUUGUAAAAGUAUUUGGAAUGAUUUUAUCUUUGAUCUUUUAAUAUUGUCUCAUGAAUAAUAACUUUUGAUUGAAAAACUGAAAUUUAAGUUUAAACGGUUUUUUAAAGAUUGAAAAUUUUGAUAAUUUCAAAAACCUUGCGACCGAUAUUUUUCAACAUACCGUUACAUUUUUGAAAAUAAUUGUGAGUUAAAAUCAGCUUCAUGAGACGAGAUUGAAAGAUCGACCAGAGCCUUAAUUUUAAUGGUUUUUGUAUCAGAUUCAGUUGAAUCUAAUCAUGAAGAAAAAUGUCCGUUAAAUGUAUUGUAAUUAAGAAUUAGGAAAUUAGAAUAAGAGUUAAAAUUUCUGUUCAGAGUUUAGUUCCUUUAAAACAUUUAAAUUAUGUUUUUCACUAUUUAAUAGUGUUUUCUAGUCACCAAAUAUUAAAAAUUUAUGUAUUUUUGUCGUUUAAUGUUCAAAGAAGUAGCAUAGAAGGUGUGAUGACAUGAUGAAUCAUUUUUUUAGGAUAACAAGUUUUUCACAAUUCGAGUGUUUUCUUCCAAAGACUGAGUUGGUGUAUUUCCAAAGAAUAGACGAAACUGCAAAGUAAUUAAUUCCCGAGUAUUCAUAUGAAUGGCAUUGCAUCAUAAUUUCAUUAAGGACACAUUCAUUAUUAGAAUCAAAUAUUCAUUAACAUAAAUCCUAUGAAAAUUUUACAUCCAUUGGAACUAGCUAUAAAGAUGAAUUAUUUUAAUGAAAUUAUGGCAAUGACUUCCAGACAAAUCACAGAAAUUGUUACAUAGAAUAAUUAAAUUACUUUUUUCUCAAAUAAAGUCAGUACCUAG